GAGAUUGGCACAAUCUGGAAACUUCAUCCCUCAAUUACUAUGUGAACAGCAGAGGAAUCGGGCGGUAUUCAACAACCCUCGAAGCUACCGCUGCGGUCCGAUAUCUUGUUUGAGCCACUAUCAAAUCGGCCCAACUCCGACAACAAGUACACGCCAUCCAUAGAUUGUCCUGCGCAGAAGGAAGGUUCAGGCUCACUGUCCAGCCUCAGCCGCACCAUGAACUUCCUAUCCUCCUCCAAACCACCACCCCUCCCAAACCGCGACUUCCACUUCAUCCCCAUCCCGGACACCCCCGCCAACCCACCCCCCCUCACCCUCACCCACACCUCCACCUGGACCUACUGCGGCCCGCUCCUCCCGCUCAGCAAUCCCCCCUCACCAACGACCGACCUCCCACCCAUCUUCCACGCCUGGUGCGCCCACACCCUCACCCCGAUCUCGGCCCCGCACCUCCUCCCCCGCCUCACCACCCUCCUGCGCGCGGUGCACACCUUCCUCCGCCAACACGCCCGCCAGCACUACUGGCUGACGAUCCGCGCCUCCCAGCCCACGGGGGACUUUGACACGCCGCGCUGGCACGCCGAUGACGAUUUCUUCGACCCGGCGCGCAGCGACGCCGCGCGCGGGUGCUGGAAGCUGUGCGCCACGCUGCAGGGUCCCGGCACGCUGUUCGCGGUGGACGGGCGCGGGGCGAGGAGGGUGUUGAGGGGGGUGAAGGAGAGGGUUAGGAGGGCGGAGAGGGGGAGGGAGCAUGUUUGUUGCGGGGUGAGGUGUGUGGCGUGCGGGCGGACGAGUGAGGUUGUGCGGGAGGAGGUGAGGGUGGGGUUGGAGGGGCGGGAGGUGGUGCAGCCGCGGGAGGGGGAGAUGGUGUUUUUUCGGCUGGGGGGGAGGGAGGGCGCGGUGCAUUCCGAGCCGAGGAUUGGGUGUGAUCGGGUGUUUGUGAAUGUGGUGCCGGGGACGGAGGAGGAGUUGAGGGGGUUGAUGGGGAGGUGGGGGAUGGAGUUUCCGAGGAGUUGGAGCUUGGGGGUGCCGACGGUGGUGGAUGGGGGUGGGGAGGAGGGUGAGAUGGCGGAUAAGCUGUAAAUGAUGGGACUCGGCUCCCAAGCUGUACUCGUAGGAUGGUACCGAGAAAACAGGACGGUAUGAACUGGAGGACCACGACCAGGAACCGCGUGCCUACCCGAUCCGUGGUCCUCGUUGGAAAUUCACUACAUAAACCUUCCCCAUGUUGCAUGGGCAG